CAUUCCAUUCAAGGGUGUACGCAGUCCUCAUGGAAAAAGAGAAAGCUCCUUGAGUCCAAUUCCACACAUUGCCUUGAGCAGGAUAGAGCGACACGUCUUGAAAAUUAUAUUUUUUAAUUGUCAAAAAUCAUUACAAUUUCAUUCCGGAUAUCGAUACCAUUCCUACGUUACUAAUUCAAAAAUUAAACCCACAAUCCAGUUAUGGCUAACAAAACACAUUUCCAAGUUGUCAUCGGAGGCGACUUCAAACCUAACUGCGCACCUACCUUGCCACCCGUAACCAAUUUAGGGUUCCGCACGGAAAACGCGAUCGUUCAAGUAAUCGAGCUGGCUAAAGCCAGUACUCUCGUAAAGUUUGGGAUUCUCACAUCCUCCUCGGAUAACCACGUUGGCCUUAUCAUUAAGGACAUCACGCCGGGCAGCGUGGCCUCUCUGGACGGGCGAUUGCAACCGGGCGACCACAUUGUUCGCAUCAACAAUCAAAAUUUCACCAAUUUGUGCGGAGUCUCAGCCGAUCGAACAUUUCAGAUUCUGAUGACAUCCACCACGAAUAUUCGUCUCAUCGUGGCGCGGCCAAUUCAAGAUGACGCCCGCCUCGUCCCCGCCAACAUUCUGGGGUAUGAGACCGACUUGGAGAAAAGUUUAGUGGAUGGGGACAAUAUAAUUGGUGCGGUGGGACAAAUUCCCACCCCAUGGUCGGGAAAGUCGUCCUGGGAAGAAAUCGAGUUUUGGGAGAAAACCAUCCAAUUUGCCCAGAAUAAUAGGGAAAGCUUGGAAAAGCUCUUUGAAAGACAGGAAAAUACGGAUAAGAAGGUUUAUUGGAAAUUUGACUAGAUUCGGUAUUUGGGAAGGAUUACUGUUUGUAAUAAAUUGUUCGAGGGCGGGUACAAAUUUGAAAAAAGAUAAUGACAUGUUUCACUGGAUGUAGUUUUGUAUCAAUGUUUUGUUUUUGAAUAAAAAAUUAUAUCGUUUCCCUAAUU